UCGAUUCCAUCUCUCUCUCGCUCUCGCUCUCGCGACGACGCCGAGAGCCUUCGCCAUGGCUCGAGCUCUCCACCGUGCCUUCUCCGCCGUCGUUGCCCUUCUCCUGCUCGCCUCCGGCGUCCCCAACGCAAAGCCGGUGCCGGACCUCGCGGCCAGGACGCUGCCUGGUGGCUCUGCGGUGUUGCCGCUCGAGCUCUUCCAUGGAAACUCCACUCGCCGUCCUAUCUCUGCUGUACGCCGCCAUCUUCAAGGUCACCCAACUGCCAACGCCCACAUGCGCCUCUAUGAUGAUCUCCUCACCAACGGGUAUUAUACUACGAAGCUUUGGAUCGGGACGCCGCCGCAGAAGUUUGCUUUGAUUGUGGAUUCUGGAAGUACUGUUACGUAUGUGCCUUGUUCUACUUGUGAGCGGUGUGGCCAUCAUCAGGACCCAAGAUUCCAACCUGAUGAAUCAAGCACCUAUGAACCUGUAAAGUGCAACACUGCUUGUACUUGCGAUAAAGAUAAGCAGCAGUGUACUUAUGAGAGGCAGUACGCAGAGAUGAGUUCAAGCAGUGGAGUGCUUGGAAAAGACGUCAUGUCCUUUGGUGAUGAAAGUGCACUUAGGCCACAGCGUGCUGUUUUUGGUUGCGAAAAUGUUGAAACUGGUGAUCUAUUCAGUCAGCAUGCUGAUGGAAUAAUGGGUCUUGGUCGUGGUCCGCUCAGCAUUAUGGAUCAACUUGUUGAAAAGGGUGUUAUAAGUGAUUCUUUCUCUUUGUGUUAUGGUGGGAUGGAUAUUGGGGGAGGGGCAAUGGUUCUUGGUGGUAUUUCUCCUCUCCCUGAUAUGGUUUUUUCUCGUUCAGACCCUGUGCGCAGUCCAUAUUACAACAUUGAGCUGAAGGAACUGCGUGUAUCUGGAAAAUCAUUGGGAUUGAAUCCAAAAGUAUUCGAUAGCAAGCAUGGAACUGUCUUGGAUAGUGGCACCACAUAUGCCUACCUACCAGAAGAAGCUUUUGUGGCACUCCGGGAUGCUAUAACAAGCAAGCUACAUACUCUCAAACAGAUACGUGGGCCUGAUCCAAACUAUCAUGACAUCUGUUUCUCAGGUGCAGGAAAUGAUGUCUCCCAACUGUCAAAAACUUUUCCAGAGGUUGAAAUGGUCUUUGGCAAUGGACAGAAGUUACAACUAUCACCUGAAAACUACUUGUUUAGGCACUCAAAGGUCCAUGGUGCCUAUUGCCUGGGUAUUUUUCAGAAUGGAAAAGAUCCAACAACACUUCUGGGAGGAAUUAUUGUUAGAAAUACUCUUGUGACUUACGAUCGUCAGAAUCAGAAAAUUGGGUUUUGGAAAACUAAUUGUUCUCAACUAUGGGAGGGGCUGCAAAGUCAUGGUGCUCCUUUACCUGCUCCUUUACCUGCUCCUUCAGUUUCUGAUAAUCAUACAUCAAAUGGUGGACUUUCACCAGGACCAUCUCCUAGUGGACUGCAAUAUUAUACUUUACCAGGUCAAUUCCAAGUUGGACGAAUAACCUUUGAUAUGUCAUUGAAUGUUUCAUAUUUAGACUUGGUGCCUCACAUCAAGCAACUAACAGAACUUAUUGGACAUGAGCUGGAAGUUGAUGUGCAUCAGGUCCAUUUAGUGAAUUUUACGAGCAAGGGUAACACUACUUGGCUCAAAUGGGGUAUUUUUCCAGAAGGUUCUGCAGAUAUCUUCUCUAACACUACAGCUCUGGGAAUAAUAUCUCGCCUUGAAGGCCAUUUUCGUCUUCCUGUAAAUUAUGGAACUUAUCAGUUGGGUGACUGGAAAGUGGAACCUCCAUUGAGAAGGACUUGGUUGCAGCAACAUUUAUGGGCAGUGAUUUUGGGGAUUUCAGCGGUUGUGUUGCUUGGUUUUGCAACUCUUCUAGUAUGGUACUUCUGGAGACACAAAACCGGUGCCAUGACGCCAUACAGGCCAUUAGGUGCUCCAGUUCCAGAACAAGAACUCCAGCCUUUGUAAAUCAAGAACAUUAACCCAGUAAAGACAUAAGAUAUAGCAAUGCUCCUUAACGGCAGCAGCAUCUAAACAUUCUCUUGCAUGAUCUUUGAUGAAGCAUGUUUAUCAUAUAAAAGAUUUCAUCAUACAGAGCACACAAUAGAUCAGAUGUUGCACAACAAUGGAAAACAUGUUGUUAUGGAAGUUGUAAGGUUUAAGAGUGGUCUUUUAUAGUGACAUUUGCAAAACCUUUUUGUUCUAGAUCACUUAUGUAUGUUGUUUAACUUUAGUAUUUCAACAAAAAAAUUCAGUAUAGGAGAUCUUAUUGUAAUAUCAUUUGCUGCAUUUUGUGUUUAUGUGACAAUGAUUACUGCAGGGAAUAUCUCUUUCUCUGUGUGUGUGGGAAAGUUUGUUGUUUUAUUACUA